CUCACCAUCACUCACCCAGACAUCCUCGAGCAGCCGUCUUAUCUUAUUGUAACGAAUAAGACAGAUGGUUGAAGUACCAACGACUCCACGACGGUCUAAACGCUUUCAACCCACCGUAUUCGCUCAUACAUCUUCUUUGGUAUCUCGCUCGUCGUCAACUGACACAUGGACCGAUCAGUCGAAACCGCUACAUUCGAGACCCACUACUGCCGAUGAUCUUUUCGAGCCGGACGAAAUUGAUCUUGGUACUGCACGAGAGGAUGAGGAAGAUAUCAAAAAGGGAAGAGAAGAGAGAGAGGUAGAGUAUGAGACGCGCUUCUACCAGAGCUUCACUCGACGAGUAAAGCCUCUCAAAGCCAAAUCGUCAGGAAAGGGGAAACAGAAGGCUGCCGGAGAUGAGAAGAUAGAGUUUAAGGUCGGGGACACCGUCCUGGUCGUCACAGAUCUGAGGAAAACGAGCGUGGCGGUUGUGACGGCGAUGUGGGAGGUUAUAGGUGGUGAACCGAACGAGAGUGAUGGAGAGGAUGAGGAUGGCGAAAGGGGGGAGAAGAUGAGAGUCAGGGUGCAUUGGUUCGUGAAACCGACUCAGCUGCCAUCUGUGAGGGUGAAGCGGGAUCACUUCGAGAACGAAGUCUACUUCUCGCUCUCCUCUACCUCCGUCGUGUCCACCUCCGUCAUCGUCUCCCAUUGCACCAUUUCCACCUCACCACCUACAAGGAAAGAUGAUGUCAGAGUAAUUCGCGGGGACUCCGUCUGGGCAGGAACCUCCACACCCGCAUCUCCUACCAAAGCACGCCGCACCGCCGACGAAUCAGAUGACUCUAACGAAAGUAUCAAGGAGCCUGCUGCCAAGCGGAGAAAAAUAUCUACUGGCGGAACGACUGGUGGAAAAGACGGAGAUGGAGAGACUUUCUACUGCAGACUGCUCGUCAAUAAUCAGAAGGGUUUAUUCUAUCGUUUCGAUUGGAAACGACAUUGGGAGAUCGCACUGCAGUCGCGACCGUCACGCUCCGAUUCGAAGUUCGGACUGGGAAAGGAGUGGGAGGUUCAGGUUCAGGACAUGAAUCUAGAAGCACUGGAUCAGAAGGCCGGAGGAGGGAGAGGGGCUUUGGCUACUGGUAGGCAGAAACUGGACCGGAUUCAUGAGGAAGGCGAGGGCCAGAAUGGACAAAAUUCUGAGUCUGAAGAGGAGGACGAUAGUGCGGACGAGUACAAGGACAAACACGGCGAAGAUAACCUGUCUGACCAAUCCUCGCUCGCACCAGACGCAUCUGACGACGACGAGCCAGCGGAAGAGGAAGACGAGGACGUACAUGCAUCUGACAGGAUUCCCAAGACCCCUACGAAGAAGCGUAAACGAACGGCUCCUUCCCCAGCUACAUCGCGCCCUCGUUCACCACGCAAGAAACCAGCCGCCACUCCUGCCUCCACGCCUCGCAAACCCAAACGUACUGCCAUCGCGCAGCCGACUCCGCACUCCAAGGCCGCGAUUAAAGCAAGAGCACGCAAGACACGCGCUCCGCCUCGUAGGCUUCCGGGUCUUAGCCUAGAUCUUCUCCUCUCCGGUGAAGGUGGCAAAGGUGGCAAGAAGCUCAAGCUGCCGGACGACCCGUGGUUGAGAGCGAUGCAUGUUCUACAUGUUGCGAGUCGACCGGAAGCAUUGCCUUGCAGAGAUGAAGAAUACGGGAAGGUCAUGAGGGCUGUCGAGGAGUUAAUCGAGGAAGGCAGUGGCGGAUGUGUCUAUAUUUCUGGUGUGCCCGGAACGGGAAAAACUGCUACAGUACACGCCGUUGUCCGUGAACUGAAGCGAAUGGCUGAGAACAACGAAACUAACCCGUUCACUUACGUCGAGAUCAAUGGCCUACGUAUCUCUGAACCAUCGGCGGCAUACUCGCUCCUCUGGGAGGCCGUCUCCGGGCACGAUGUGGCAGAAGAAGGUCAUCUAAAGAUAAGUUCGAAGGAGGCGCUCAAGAAUCUCACCAGACACUUUGGUUCGGGCGGAAGAAGAGGUCCAGGGGGUCAUGCAUGCGUGGUCCUUAUGGACGAAUUGGACCAGUUGAUGACAACUAAACAAGAUGUGGUUUAUAACUUCUUCAACUGGCCUACAUUGGUCGGUUCAAAGCUGGUCGUGUUAGCGGUGGCAAAUACUAUGGAUCUUCCGGAGAGAGUCAUGACAGGCAGAGUAAGAAGUCGUUUGGGUAUGAUACGUAUCAAUUUCUCGCCAUACACCACUCCUCAGCUCGUCGAGAUCCUGAGCUCCCGACUGGCCACGUCGCGCGAAGGUCUCAAAGCAGAUGCACCGCAAGUCAUUGCUGCAGACAGUCUAAAGCUAGCCGCUAUGAAGGUGUCUAGCAUUAGCGGAGAUGCAAGACGAGUUCUUGAUAUUUGUAGACGCACCGUCGAGCUUGUUAUGCCUCUGAAACGUGCAGCCAAACCUGGCGAUGUCACCGAGGUUAUCAAAGUGAUGCAGAAUAGCCCCACGGCCGCUUAUCUGCGAGAUUGUAGCUUUCAUGAACGCCUUAUGUUGGCUUCUCUCCUCAAGUGUGUGAAGAGAGAGGGUGUAGAGGAGAUAAAGUGGGGAGAGAUCCAGCGGCAGCAUUGGAUGUACAUCGGCGUCCUUGCAGGUGAUGAAGACUCAGAGCGGAAGCCCACCACCCGAGAACUUGGAUGUGUUCUUGAUUCACUGCUUGCCUCGAGAGCUUUAUUGAUUGAAGAAGGAGCAACGGCAGCGAAAAAGCCGAGUGAUGACAGGAAAGUUGUAUUGAAUUUGGAACAGACCGAGGUAGAACGGGUGUUGAGUGAAGUCGGAGGGCAGAGGUGGAAGAAUGCGCUGAGUGUAUCUUAG